AAUCUGUACAAAUGGUAUUAGAACACAUUUUGAUUAAAUACCAAUUUGUUUUAAAAACCUCAUAAAAUAUCGCAGGUAAUCACAAAAUUUAGGGCUUUUUCACAGCUCACAUAGUCUCUGAUCUAUGUCUCAAUAGUAAAGUUGUUUUGAGUUGAUUGCAUCACAAGGUGAAGAAACACUGGGAGGUUUUAUUUGCAUGCUAAUAAUAUAGGCGAUGAAUUAGGACAUCUGUCUUGGCAUCUGCGUAUUUGCAAAACAAGUUACUACUGACUGCAAUUUUCAAAUUGAGAUUUAGCUUCAUAUUGUUAACAUGAUCAUAUUACCUGAAAGAGUUUCCUACAUAUGUUCUGCUACUUAUUGAUUCAAUAUUUAUGGAAGAUUUUUAAUAUCAGCACUGAGAAGAGGCUGAAAAAGGCAUACUAUGGGGUUCAAAACUCUCUGUCUAGGACUGUUUUGUAUUCUCUUUGCCUCUCAUAUUUAUAUAACCAUACCUGGCAACAUUGAAGAAUUCUGGAAAGUGAUGGCCUUGGAUGCAGUUGCUAAAACGUGUACAUUUGUGGCUAUGUGUUUUGAAAAUAUAGGCAUUAUGAGAUAUGAAGAGUUUAUUUCCAUUAUAUUGAGACUGGAUUACACCCAGCCACUUUCAGAUGAAUACAUCACAGUGACUGAUACAGCAUUUGUUGACAUUCCAGUACGUCUGUAUUUGCCUAAGAGAAAAUCAGACAUGGCAAGACGAGCUGUAAUCUACAUUCACGGGGGUGCUUACUGUUUUGGAAGUUUCAAACAGACGGGUUUUGACUUCCUGAAUAGAUGGACGGCAAGAAAACUUGAUGCUGUUGUUGUGGCAUUAGACUACAGAAAUGCUCCUCAGCACCUCUUUCCUACUCAGUUUGAAGAUAGCAUCACAGCAGUCAAGUUUUUUCUUCAGGAUAAAAUUCUUACAAAAUAUGGAGUGGAUCCUGCCAGAAUCUGUAUUUCAGGAGACAGCUCUGGGGCCACAUUAGCAGCAGCGGUGACCCAACAGGUGCGAAAUGAUCUUAAAAUAAAGCAUAAGAUCAAGAUACAGGCUUUACUAUACCCUCACUUACAAAUAAUUGAUUCUGAUUUGCCAGCUCACAGAGAAAAUGAGCAUGGUAUACUUCUGACAAGGGACUUAGCCAUAAAGUUCGUGAGCUUGUAUCUAACCAAGGAUGAAGGAUUUUCCCAGGCAGUGAAAAGAAACCAAUUUAUGCCUCUGGAAUCAAGACAUCUAUUCAAAUUUGUUAACUGGAGUACUCUCUUACCUGAGAAGUAUAGAAAGGACCAUGUUUAUACUGAACCAAUUCUUGGGAGAUCUAGUUUUCCAUUGCCGGCACUUAUGGAUAUCAGAGCAUCACCCUUAUUGGCCAAUGAUUCUCAAUUACAGAAUCUGCCCUCAACUUACAUUCUUACCUGUCAAUAUGAUAUCGUAAGAGAUGAUGGACUCAUGUAUGUUACAAGACUUCAAAAUGCUGGUGUUCAAGUUACUCACGACCAUAUUGAAGAUGGAAUCCAUGGAGCUUUAUCGUAUAUGACUCCACCAUUGUAUUUAAAUCUAGGUCUCAGGAUAAGAGAUAUGUACAUUAGUUGGCUGGAUAAAAAUUUAUAA